AUGAAUGCAGACACGAAACCGGCCAUAAUCUGCCUCCACGGCCAUGGCAGCAGCGGCGAGAUCUUUCGGACUCAAGCUCAGAAGCUCACCCAAGUCUUAUCCCCCCACUUCCGCUUUCUCUUCCUCAAUUCGCCCAUCACAACUCCUCAAGCUGGAGUCGGCGUGCAACCCUACUACGCGCACAUGAAACCUUACCGACGAUGGCAUCAGGACGGAAAUACGAUUGGGUUGUUUGACGUCACAGCCGAGGACGUUGAGCGGGAACGCCGGAUUGUGCGGGACUUUUUGAAGGGUGUCAUUGAUCAUGAGAAUGGAACCAGUGGGCCUGGGCCUGGGGUAGUCGGCGUUAUGGGGUUCAGCCAGGGGACACGGGUUGCUACUGCGGUCUGUCUUGACUCUGAGCUGGGGAAGUAUAUCAAGUUUGCGAUCAUGAUCUGUGGGGUUUGUCCUUCUUUGCCGUUGAGUGCUGCUGAGAUACGGGUAUCGCGACCGCUGGAUAUCAUGUCUGUCCAUGUUCAGGGGAGUGGCGAUCCUUGGUCGGCGAAGGGGACGAGGUUGUCGAAACAGUAUUUUAAUCAGACACUUGCGACUGUCAUCAGGUUUAAAGGGGGGCAUGAGAUUCCGGUGAAGACCGGUGAUGUGCAGAGUAUUGCUAGGGUUAUGGUGGAAUAUUGGGAUCGGGACUGUAAUGAUGAGUACAACUCGGUGUCAGCUGGUGUUGAGAUUACGGGUGAUAUCGCGCCUGCGAUGGUGUCUGUUUAG